AUGACCAGUGAUCAGGAGGUGCAGAGACUUCGUCUGGAGAAACAGGAUCUGGAACGAAGUAUAGAGCAGCAGACUGAUCGCGUCGAUAUGGCAAACGAACGAGUGAGGAAGGCGGAGACAUUCGCCAACGAGUGCCAGAUUGAACUAGGCAGAGUUCGCGUCGAAAACUCGGAGCUUGACAAGCAGAAUGCAACCUUGGACAAACAGAUCAAGGAACUGAAGCUUCGGAUUGUCGACCUGGAGACGAAGUCAUUCGCUAGUUCCCCACGCCCUCCUCGCCGCAUGGACAGUCGGAUCGAGGAGCUUACCAGUCAGCUGAACCAGUCCUCCCGAGACAAGACGGAUUCCGUGCGCCUGCAGCGAACCGCUGACCAGGCUACAAGGGAUGUCAAAUACCAGCUUGCGGAAUCUGAUCGACAGAGAGCGAGGCUCGAGGACGAGAUCAAGGGGUAUGAGGCGAGGGUACAGAAUUUGAGGGAUGACAUCAACGAAUUGACAACCUCUCAGAGCGAGAUGCAGCUUGCCCAACGAAGAGCAGAACGUGAAGCCGCUGAUUACAAGCGGAAGGCUCUCGACUUGGAGCGAGAAGUCGAGCGCCUGCGAAGCCGGCUGGACCGACCUGCAUCUUCUUUGCUCGACCGCGGCUCUCCUAUGAGCUCCCCGCGCAAGUUCGGCUCCUGA